UCUCUCUCCCUCCCUCUCACAGAACACAACCCCCCCCCUUCCGUUUUCCUCAUCAUUCUCUCCAUUCCAUUACCUGUCAUUCUUCAUCGACCUUCAUAUCUUUUCUUUUAAACUCUUGCUGUGUUUCGUGCCGGUUCUCGUCUCGGGUUCGCGCGGUUCCGUGCCUGUUAUGUGAAGAAGAGAGAGAGAGAGAGAGAGAGAGAGUGGUAUGGCGAAAGACGAGAGAGGAGGAGGCACCAUGUUCCUGGAGAGCAACACCAUUCCUAGGCCCAAGUUCAACAUGAUGCAUUCGGACCCCAACAUGUCGUCGAUCCCGAUCCCGGACGAUGACUUCCCGCACCGCCACAGCAGUGUUUCCCCCGCGAGCCCCGCCUUCUACGACCACAGCCGGAUGAGCGGGGAGGGGUCCCCGAUGAUGAUGUCCCCCUGGAACCAGUCCUCUCCCUUCAACAAAUCCCCGUGGUCCACGGCGUCUACAAACUACGAAGAGAACGUCCCCCAGAACUGCCUCAUCGGGUCGCUGGUCCGCGAGGAGGGGCACAUUUACUCUCUUGCCGCCUCGGGCGAGCUCCUGUACACCGGGUCUGACAGCAAGAAUAUCCGCGUAUGGAAGAACUUGAAGGAAUUCUCCGCAUUCAAAUCCAGCAGUGGCUUGGUCAAGGCCAUCAUCGUUGCCAACGGCAAGAUCUUCACCGGCCACCAGGACGGCAAGAUCCGCGUCUGGAAGAUCUCGCCCAGGAACCCAAGCCUCCACAAAAGAGCCGGGACGUUACCAACUCUGAAGGAUAUUUUCAAGAGCUCCAUCAAUCCGAGCAAUUACAUUGAGGGGAGGCGACGCCGGAGCGCACUAUGGAUAAAGCAUUCCGACGCCGUCUCGUGCCUUAGCCUGAACGAGGAGCAGGGCUUGCUUUACUCUGCUUCAUGGGACCGAACCAUAAAGGUGUGGCGGAUCUCGGACUCUAAAUGCCUCGAGUCGAUCAGCGCCCAUGAUGAUGCAGUCAAUGCCGUCGUUGCCAGUGUAGAUGACCUGGUCUUCAGCGGAUCUGCAGACGGGACCGUGAGGGUGUGGAAGAGGGAGAUGGUCGGCAAAACGACCAAGCACACGCUUGCUGAGUCGUUGCUGAAGCAGGAGUGCGCGGUCACGGCGCUGGCCAUGAACCGGGCUUGUUCGGUCGUGUACGGUGGGUCCUCUGAUGGGCUGGUCAACUCCUGGGAGCGUGGGAAGAAGUUCACGCAUGGCGGGGUCCUAAAGGGGCACAAGCUCGCGAUCCUCUGCCUCGCAUCUGCAGGGAACCUGUUGUUCAGCGGGUCUGCUGACAAGACCAUAUGUGUGUGGAGGAGGGACGGGACGAUCCACACAUGCCUCUCGGUGUUGACCGGGCACACCGGGCCUGUCAAGUGCUUGGCCACGGAGGAAGACACGGACUCGGCCACGAAGGGGGAACAGCGGUGGAUAGUGUACAGCGGGAGUCUCGACAAGUCGGUCAAGGUGUGGAGCGUGUCUGAGAUGGCACCUGAUCUUAAUCAUAUGGCCAUGAUGCAGCAGCAGCAGCAGGUGACUUAUGAUGCGGACUCGGUACCGUCGGAUGGAAGCUUCUCUUCCGCUGGCCGGAACAGCCAAAACCGAAGGUACUGACCCAUCGGGGCCGGCCCUCGGAUCCUGGAGAAUGUCCCGAAAAUGAAUCGUGACGACAUGUGUCGUGCUCUCCCACUGCCCAGAGAUUAAUUAAAUGGAAGUGCCUUAACCUACCUGCUGACAUAUGGAAAUAAUUUGUAGUUGGAUGUGACGAGUGGGAGUUUCUACGUGCUUGAGAAGGUAGAAUUGGUGAGCGUUUGCCUACCACGAGAAAGGGGAGUGUAGAACGGAGAAUUUAAUCCCCCUUUUUAAGCCUUUGUAAGACUUUUGUGAACCCACAAGAAAUGAUUAUUAACAAAUAACUAUUGUUGA